GCACCGUCUGAUGACGUGUUUUACAGGCGUAGGGCGGGAAGCGCCUGCGACGGGAGAAGGCGAGGGUCAUUCCCGGUACCCAUCCCCUGUGCUGGGUCCUUUGGAAGUAGGAAACGGUGGAAGAGGUCUGAGCCCUGUGCCCUUCAGCAGGAAAGCAUCGUCUCCGCUCAGCUGUCCGUACACUAUGGACUCAGUACCUGCCACCGUGCCUUCUGUCGCCGCUUCCCGGGGGGACCCGGAGCUUCUGGGACCCCGGUCGGUGCUCUACGCAGCCCUCAUAGGGAGGCUAUUUCAGCUAGUUGCCACAUUGUCCAAUGAUGUUCAGCCUGGGCCUGAUUUUUAUGGAUUACCAUGGACGCCUGUACUUCUCACUGUCUUCUUGGGAAUUGUUUCAUUUGCCAUUUUCUUCUGGAGAACUAUUCUUGUUAUGAGUAAACUUCCUUGUACCUUAGCACAUAAUGCAUGGAAAAUGAUAAGAGUAUAUCAAGUUACUGAACAGCAAAUUUCUGAAAAGUUAAAGAAUAUCAAGAAAGAAAAUGAUGAACUGGUGCAAAUAUUGUCAAGUUAUGAACAGAAGAUCCGGGAAUCAAAGAAACAUGUCCAAGAAACCAAGAAACAAAAUAUGGUUCUCUCGGAUGAAGCAAUUAAGUAUAAGGAUAAAAUCAAGCUACUUGAAGAAACUAAUGAGAUUCUUGAUGACAGAGCUAAAAGUCUUCAUGUUAUGUUAGAAUCUGAGAGAGAACAGAAUGUCAAGAAUGAGGACUUGAUAUUAGAAAAUAAGAAAUCUAUAGAGAAGUUAAAGGAUGUUAUUUCAAUGAAUGCUUCAGAAUUUUCAGAGGUUCAAAUUGCUCUUAAUGAAGCUAAGCUUAGUGAAGGGAAGGUGAAGUCUAAAUGCCAUCGGGUUCAGGAAGAAAUUGCUAGGCUUAAGAAGAAGGAAGAGCAGUUGCAGCAGGAAAUCGAAGAUGGGAAUAAAUCACAUGCUGAUCUCAGUGAGCAAAUAAAAUCAUUUGAGAAGUCCCAGAAAGAUUUAGAAAUAGCUCUUCCUCACAAAGAUGAUAAUAUUAAUGCUUUGACUAAUUUUAUUACACUGUUGAAUCGGAUAGAGAGUGAAUCGGAAUCUGAGGGUCAAAAUAAAGGAGGAGAUGAGUCAGAGGAAUUAGCCAGUGGAGAAGUAGGAGGUGACCAGAAUAUGAAGGUGAAAAAUCAAAUUAAGCAGCUGAUGGAUGUCUCUCUGGGUAUAACUCAAACUGCAAUAUCGGUAGUUGAAGAGGAUCUAAAACUUUUACAACUUAAGCUAAGAGCCUCGAUGUCCACAAAAUGUAAUCUAGAAGACCAAAUAAAGAAAUUAGAAGAUGACUGCAAUUCACUACAGUCUGCUAAAGCUGGGCUGGAAGAUGAGUGCAAAACUCUGAAGCAGAAAGUGGAGAUUUUAAAUGAACUGUACCAGCACAAAAAGAUGGAUCUGCAAAAGAAACUGAGUCAAGAGGAGUAUGAGAGACAAGAAAGAGAACAGCGAUUGUCAGCUGCAGAUGAAAAGGCGAUUUUGGUUGCAGAGGAAGUUAAAACUUACAAGCGGAGAAUUGAAGAAAUGGAGGAAGAAUUACAGAAAACAGAGCACUCAUUUAAAAACCAGAUUUUUACUCAUGAGAAGAAAGCUCAUGAUAACUGGCUCAAAGCUCGUGCUGCAGAAAGAGUGAAAACUGAAGAGAAGAGGGAAACUGCUAAUUUGAGACACAAAUUAUUGGAAAUGACCCAAAAGAUGGCAAUGCGGCAAGAUGAACCUCUGAUUGUAAAACCAAUGCUGGGAAGACCAAAUACACAAAACCCUCCCCAGAGAGGUCCACUGAGCCAGAAGGCCUUUGGCCCAUCCCCUGUGGGUGGUGGAGAAUGUUCCCCUCCACUGACAGCAGAGCCAACUGGGAGACCAUUCUCUGCUACUGUUAAUCGAAGAGAUAUGCCUAGAAGUGAAUAUGGGUCAAUGGAUGGACCUUUACCUCGUCCUCGAUGGUCUUCUGAGGCAUCUGGGAAACACUUUGCCUCUGACCCGGGACAUAGUCCAGCUCCUGUAAAAAGCAGCUCCAGGAGCUCUUCUCCAGCCAAGGUGAUGGAUGGGGGCAAGCAAACUGUUGCCCAAGAACCCGAGGCCCCCUCAGUUCCUACUGUUACUUCUUUGGCUGAGCAUCCAGUAGCAGUUAAUGUGGCUACAAAAGGGCCUCCUCCUUUCCCAGGUGUAUCUCUCAUGGGCUCCCCUGUGGAAGGGCCUCUACCACCACCUGUUUGAUAUGGACCGCCACUUCAGCUUGGUGGGCCUUUUGGGCCCUGACCACUUCCUCCACCAUUUGGUCCUGGUGUGCAUCCACCACUAGGCUUAAGAGAAUAUGCACCAGGUGUUCCACCUGGAAAAUGGGAUCUGCCUCUUGACCAAUGGGAAUUUUUACCAGGACCCACACCAUUUAGACCUUUAGGUUCAUUUGGUCCAAGAGAGUACUUUUUUCCUGGUACCCGAUUAUCACCCCCAACCCAUGGUCCCCAAGACUACUCACCAUCACCUCCUGCAAGAGACUUAACACCUUCAGGCUCUAGAGAUGAGCCUUCAUCUUCCUCUCAGAGCAGUGGCCAGGACUGUUCACAGGCUUUAAAACAGAGCCUGUAACCAUGACCUCUGACACUUAGUCAGAAUGUGGACUGUGCACUCUUCAUUGUGUUAAGGGAUUAUUGGCUUCGAAAUCCAAAAGUUUUAAGGGUUUGUUUUUAGAACUAAGCUGUCUUGGCAGUAUGCAUUUUUGAGUCAAAAAAUUCAAAACUAUAAUUUCCCCCUCUAAAUAAUGAUCACCUCCUAAGCUAAAGUAUCCUUCCAAUUUUGAAAUAUGCAAUAAGGAAUACCUGUGUUUUAGUUAAUGUAGCAUAUAUAAUUGCUAAAUGAUUUAGAAUGUUAUAAAAUAUGAACAUUUCCUGUGGAAAUGCUUUAAGAACAUGUAUUUCCAUUAUCCUAUUUUGAGUGUAUUCCAGUUGAUACAGAGCAGUGGUGUUCAUAAGCUUGAUCUUUCUCUCUUAAUAUCUGGUCACAGACUGUUAACGCUAAAAAUGUUUACUCAAAGAUCCUAAACUUAUUUCCCUUCUUGCUGAAGUUCUUUGUAGUGAUAAUUCAUAAAAAAUUGUUUAUUAAUA